CUUCCGUCACAUAACAAACAUUUGUGACUGUGAAAAUGUCAAUUCAAAACCACUGUUUGGAUUGGUCUUUUGUCUUUCAAAGAGGUAAAAUGAUCCUUUAGUAAACGAUUUUACACCCUUGAUGAACUCCAAACAUGCCAUAGAUUUUAAGGACAGACAAAUCAUACAGAGAUUGUAAAACCAACCAUUUAUCAUGGGGACCGGAGGCUCCUUCCUGAGGAAUAAUGAAGAUGACGAUAUCCUUGGGACAGAUUUGGAUGGCAGUAGCCAUGGAGUCAUUAAGAGAAUCCCCAUAGAGAUGAAGCCUCGUGGAAAAUUGGGGCUUCGUAGUGGAGCUAGCAAGAAGCCAAAGGGAGGGAGUCUUCGCUCAGCUCUGUCCAUAGAUUUGGAAAAUCCAGAGGCAGAAAAAAUACGGAAAGAUUUUGAGAUGUAUAGAUUGAACAAAGAAAAUGACAUUGCAAAUAUGCAGAGAAAAGAACAACGACUUACCAUAGAAAACAAAAGACUUCGAGCUGAACUUCUGGUGCUACAGAAAACAUGUGCCAAUCUAAGAACAGAGAGGGAUGGUGCUUUAGAUGCAGAACAACAGGCCCUAGCUAGAUCUGGGGCAUUCGAACAAGACCGAGAUAAAGUACAACGUCAGUUCAAGAUUUUUAGAGAAAACCAAGAAUAUGAAAUCCAGAAUUUAUUACGUGCCAAAAGAGAGUUAGAAAACAAGCUUUCCAAACUUACACAUGGCUACUCUGAUGACGCCGAUACAGCUUCGAAUAGUGACUUUAUGGAACCAGGAAUGGGUAACCCUGGUGACUGGUGGACUGCACUGGAGAGUGAGCCUUCCCUGGGCAGUACGAUACAGCUCCACCAGCCAACGAUCAAGGGUCCAGAGUUUGCUCACAGCAUGAUGGACACAGAUGGACCAUUCACUAAUGUUAAUAGAGAGGACUGGAGUUCUGUAUUGGCCAAUCUCACCCAGUUGGUACCGGUAAUCCCAGAACAUUCCCUCAGCCCUGUUCUCAGGGUCUACAUAUCAGCCCCACGGGACUCCCACGCAGAGGUGGAAAUACUAAAUAAGGAAUACAUGCCAAAGUUGUUUAGUAUCUGUGAGGCUGAAGGCCGUUGUUUAGCUGUAGUUCACCUGGUCUUCGACGAGAACAACCCACCAUCUACGCAGAUCGACCUCCAGACCAGUACCAGACAGAAACAGAUUGCCAAGUCUUCCAUCUUUUUGGCAUUCCUCGGAGAAGCUACUGACAGGUUUACAGCGAUGGAGUACAAAUGUGGGUUUUUUGACAAUCCAACAUGGCGGUCGUCAGUCUUCUGCUUUCGAGAAUCAAAAGGAAGCAGACAAAGUCAAGGUGAUGCUAAGGAUCUAAAGGUCAAGGUGAGGGAGAUGGGCUGUGCCAAGGUCGUUGAUGGAUACACUGUACCAAGCAGAGGAGUAGAACAGGCUAGUGCUGAACUGGAGAAAAUCCUGAAAGGUGAGCUAGGCGUAGGCAACAAGCUGGAAAAACAAGAGGAAGAAGACAAUGGGCUGGUGGAAGGGGAGGGGCCAGAACAACUCUGUGGGGGGUCCAUCUUUGAUAUCCAUGGUGACCUGGAGCAAAUGGAAGCCAUCAACUUUGCCAAACGUUCAAGUUGUGAGCUUGGCUUUGAAAAACACUAUGAGAGAUUGAACGGCCAUGUUCUCUCUGCGGGGCCCCUGCCUCCCUUACUGAUGACCGGGUCGGCAGGAACAGGCCGUUCUCUGCUCCUCGCCAAGUGGAUACAACUACAGCAGGAGAAGGUCCCUAGCAGUUUAGUCCUUUACCACUUUGUUGGGAGUAACUCAUCGGUCAGUGCUGACGCGGUCAACAUGAUACGCAGACUGACUGCUCAGUUGAUGCAACAAGUGAAUUCACCACCAGCCUUGACCUGUGACCCCGGACGACUUGUUGAAGAGUUCCCACGCUGGCUGGAAAAGGUUUCAGCUAAAACUGUGGGCGGAGUAAUUCUGGUGAUGGAUUCCAUUGACAGGUUCCAGCAAGCAGAGGUCCAUUUGAAGUGGUUGUUGGAUCCCCUACCAGUUGAUACGAGAGUAAUUGUGUCUGUUACUGACGAGACCUGCCCACAGGCAUGGAGAUCUUGGCCAACCCUACAGGUGGAGCCACUGAGUAACAAGAAUGUGAAGGAACUGAUCCAUGCAGAACUUGCUAUACAGGAUACUCAGAUAAGUCAAGAUGAGGAGACAUUGAUCCUGACUCACUGCCGCACAGCACCUACAUGUUGUCCUCUUUACGUCAUGGUUCUCGCUCGUCAUAUAGCCAGUUACGCGAGGAAUGAAGGUAAAGUUGGCCGCCACCUUGAUGUGAUGUUGACUUGUCCUGACUGUGUCAGUCUGUACAGUAAGGUUCUCGACCUUGUGAGAGUGUCACUGGAGUCACAUGACACACGUGGGUUCCUAAAGGCGAUCCUGCGGUACAUCUACGUGAGUCGGAGUGGAUUAACUGAGACAGAACUACUGGAUCUCGUCCAGGGUCUUACCUGGAACUUCUUGGCUUUGUUCACAGAAGUCCUUGUGGAUUUGCUUGUUCUCAAGUUCCAGGGUGGCUUAUUGUCUUUCGCUCAUGAACAGGUAGAGAAAGCUGUACAGGACUAUUGUUUCGGUAAGGAGGAGGGAAGGCUUGUUCCACAGCUGAGGCAGGACCUUGUGCAAUACUUCAUACAAUUCCAAAGUCCAGGGAAGUUCACAUGUCGAGUGUCUGACGAACUGCCCUGGCUCAUCAGACAGACGGGUGACAAAGACAGUCUAGAAAAGUGUAUACUCAACUUGUGUUUAUUCCAACGUUUUUAUGCCAGAGGGCGGUGUGCAGAGUUGAUAAGUUAUUGGCAGUUCAUAGCCUCAGACAAGAACAGUAUGGCUCAGGCCUAUUUCCAGGCUACUCGCAGUAUGGAGGCUACAGUAGGUCAACACAACGGCCUGGUGACACUUCCCCGGAUAGCAGAUUUGUACGAGUCACAAGGGCGAUUCCUCAAAGAUCUCGGCCUCCUUAGUCAGGCUGUACCUGCCCUACAGAGGGCGCUAGAGGUACGGGAGAUCGCCUUGGAUCCUGACCACCCCAUUGUGGCCCGGUCGCAGCACCAGUUGGCUGGGCUUCAUGCUCAGUGGGGGAAGUUCUCCACCGCUGAGGACUUUUAUAAACAGGCCCUGACUAUGUACGAGAACGCUUACGGCUGUGAUCACCACCUUGUCGCCAAAGAAUUAGAUGCUCUCGCCGUAUUGUACCAAAAACAGGACAAACAUGAUUUAGCAGAGCCAUUGAAGAAGAGAGCUAUGUCCAUCCGAAAGAAAGCCAAAACUCCUCGCUCACAUUCUGGACAGGUGAAGUCUGUGGUACAGAGGCGAGCUCUUCAGCUUGAGGAGUUAGCUAUAGGUCCUGACUCCCCGGACCUGGCACGAACUCUGAAUGAGCUGGGCGUGUUAUACUACCUACAGAAUAACCUUGAAACUGCUGAGUCUUUCUUCAAGCGGUCUCUUGAGAUGCGAGAGGUGACGUUGGGUCCAGACCAUCUAGAUGUGGCUCAGAGUCUGAACAACCUAGCUGCUCUCUACAAUGACCGUAAACAAUUUGAUAAAGCUGCACCACUGUAUGAGCGGGCUCUACAAAUUCGCAGCAAGUAUUUAAGCAUUAACCAUGACAGUGUUGCCACCAUAGUGAAGCACCUAGCAACUCUGUAUAGGAAACAGGGUAAAUACGAGCAGGCAGAGCCACUGUACAAACAGGCAAUAGAGAUCCGUGAAAAGUCUUUUGGUGCUUAUCAUCCGUCUGUGGCGACAGCUUUGGUCAACCUGGCAGUACUCUACUCUCAGCAGAACAAGUAUGCUGAAGCAGAGCCUAUGUACGAGAGAGCUUUGAAGAUUUACGAGGAAAGUCUUGGUGCUCAUAAUCCCCGUGUUGCUGAGACUCUACGUAACCUUGCGGUCAUGAAAUAUGAACAGAAAGAUUUUGAGACCGCAGCUAAGCUGUACAAGAGGGCUACUGAGAUAAAGGACACGGACGUACCCUAUGGAGGGAAAGUGAUGUCACGGAGAAGUUCCAGCGUAGACACCAGUUCAACUGUGAAAAACCUUCUACAAACGUAGCAUGUAGCUUCCUUACUGUCAAUGGAUGCUUCGUACAGUGAGAAGACACAUAUCCAGAACCACUAGGGGGACAUGUACCUGUAAAUUAUUGAGUAAUGCCAAUAUCAGGAUACAUGAUUUCAUAGAAGUUUAUUGUGUGAGGGACGUGGCAGGAUUUCUGAUAAAUGAAAGUUUUGCUAUGUGGCGAUUGAAUAUGCAGCAAUCUACUUUUAUAAUUUUUGUACCGAGUUGGGAGAAUUUACUGAGACAAGUUGGUUCAUUGUACAGUGAAAUCUGACUUUACUGACCUCUGACUUUAAUGACAUCCUGUAACAUCUCACCAUAUAUCCACGAGAACAGUAACAUACUCCACUGUCAUUGCGGACACUGACUUUACUGACCACGAUUUUAACGAAACCUUUUACAUCCACUAAAUAUCCACCAGAAUGGUGACUUUACCAAACAUUGACUUAACGAGUCGACAUCCUGGUAACAUCUGACCAUAUCCAACAGAACUUUGACAUGCUCAACUGUCAUUGCUGACACUGACUUUACCGACCACUGACUUUACCGACCACUGACUUUAAUGACAUCCUGUAACAUCAAACCAUAUAUUCACCAUAACUGUGACAUGUCCCACUGUCAUUACUGACACUGACUUUACCGACCACUGACUUUACCGACCACUGACUUUACCAACGACUGACUUUACCGACCACUGACUUGAACAACAUCCUGUAACAUCUGUCUCAGUCCAAUAAAGGGUUGGCAAAGUCAGGUUUGACUGUACAUGUAUACGUCCUUAAAUGACCCUGGCUGUUAAUAGGACGUUAAACAAAAAAAACAAAAACAAACAAGUAUAUGGAUGGGAGAAGCAAUACCAAUUUGUAUUCUUUGGUUAUAAUGUAAAAAGCUGCUGCAUUUUUCGUAAAGCAAUUUUCUGAGGAUGUGAGUAUACUGUUAUAACAUGAAAUGAUCAUGUGUACUUUCUUUCAUGGUUUGGAUUUUUCAAAUUAUUUAGUGGGUACAAAGUUUCAUUGUUAGUUCAUGCAACAAUGAUAUGAUAAUGGUACAUACAACAAUAUUCAUUGUAUUUAUAUUUGUGGUUACAAAAACCAACAAAGGUUUUUUUAUACGUAACAAAUAUUUAAUGUUAUACAUAAGAGUAACAUGCUCAAAAAUGUAAUUAAUUUAAGGAUGCAAAAAUCAAAAGGAUAGUGCUCAUAACUUAUAGUUUAACAUUAAUGACCCAAUAUCUGUGAUAUUCUUGUUACGUUUUGAUAAGCUGUAUGUACAUGUUUUAGAUACUAAGAGAUCGUAAGUUAUGACUGUGUGUUGUAUAAGGCUCUGUCUGUAGAGAUUGUAAGUUAUAGCUGUAUAAGGCUCUGUCUGUAGAGAUUGUAAGUUAUAGCUGUAUAAGGCUCUGUCUGUAGAGAUUGUAAGUUAUAGCUGUAUAAGGCUCUGUCUGUAGAGAUUGUAAGUUAUAGCUGUAUAAGGCUCUGUCUGUAGAGAUUGUAAGUUAUAGCUGUAUAAGGCUGUGUCUGUAGAGAUUGUAAGUUAUGGCUGUAUAAGGCUGUGUCUGUAGAGAUUGUAAGUUAUGGCGGUAUAAGGCUCUGUCUGUAGAGAUUGUAAGUUAUAGCUGUAUAAGGCUCUGUCUGUAGAGAUUGUAAGUUAUAGCUGUAUAAGGCUCUGUCUGUAGAGAUUGUAAGUUAUAGCUGUAUAAGGCUCUGUCUGUAGAGAUUGUAAGUUAUAGCUGUAUAAGGCUGUGUCUUUGGAGAUUGUAAGUUAUUGCUGUAUAAGGCUCUGUCUGUAGAGAUUGUAAGUUAUAGCUG